GGCGAUGGUUGCUCUUUCACGCGGACGGCUGCGUGGCUGCCGAUUGGCUGCGUGAGCACGUCGGCGAGAGGUCGCACGACACUAUACCGCCCCUCCCUUCGCGGCGCCUGUUCUGUAGAGCUAGCGGAGCCGGGUAGCUUGGCGAGGUGAGGGGAACCGCAGCGCGCCGCAGGACCGGACCGCUUAGCCUGCAGCCGACCCGCCCGUGACCCGCGACCCUAGACCCCGACUCCCUUUGGCUCAGCCCGCGCGCCCCAGGCCCGGCCCGGGCGGCGCGACGGGAGGAUGAGCGGCGGGCGGCGGAAGGAGGAGCCGCCUCAGCCGCAGCUGGCUAACGGGGCCCUCAAAGUCUCCGUCUGGAGCAAGGUUCUGCGGAGCGACGCGGCCUGGGAGGACAAGGAUGAAUUUUUAGAUGUGAUCUACUGGUUCCGACAGAUCAUUGCUGUGGUCCUGGGUGUCAUUUGGGGAGUGUUACCAUUACGAGGUUUCUUGGGAAUAGCAGGAUUCUGCCUGAUCAAUGCAGGAGUCCUGUACCUCUACUUCAGCAAUUAUCUACAGAUUGAUGAGGAAGAAUAUGGCGGCACGUGGGAGCUCACGAAAGAAGGGUUUAUGACCUCUUUUGCCUUGUUCAUGGUCAUCUGGAUCAUCUUUUACACUGCCAUUCAUUAUGACUGAUGGUGUACAGCUCCCAGCUGAUCCCUACCCAGUCCAAAGGACCCUCUUGAUUACAGCACAGGAACUUGAUCGUUGGGGAACCCCAGCCCCUUGGAACUUGGAAGACCCCUGUUUCCUGGACUGCGAAUCAGUGUGUUGGGCAUCAGUGUUUUCUGCAAGGGUUGUGACCUGAAACUUUUUAAAAACCACCCACCUUUGGAGAAGCAUUUCUGAAUUUAUCCGUCACCAACCAUUUCUUCUUGGAUACCGUCAAGUAACAGCUGUUUGCCAAGUGGAGCUGUCAUUUAAUUUGAUGCGCCUCUGGAUUCAGAUGAAACAUUAAAUUGUCUUCCUCGAUUCUCCAUCAGGUGUACAGUUUUUAAACUAUCAGUGGCAUUUCAAGUCUUCUGAAACAGCAUGACUGUAUGUGUGUGGUCCAUAGCACAGUACAGGCAGCAUCUAAUAAGUUUCCAUUGUAGAAUGUUUUCAGAUACUUGAAUAAAUCAAAUCUUUAAUUGAGAA